CGUAAACGACCAGCGACUAUUUCAACAGAGAUGGAAGAUAUUCGUCAACAGCAUCAAGUUAUUGUUAACAUUUUGUCUUCAGUAAACCCCGUAUUACGUCACAUUGCUGGAGGGUUUUAUGCUAUGGGUACGCCAGUUAUAUGUUUCAUGAUAUAUGGAAUUUCGUCCGGUAACUUGUUAUGGGAAGAUGGUUUUAAGAUGAUUGGUACGAUUGUUAUUAACCUUGUUGCAAUGUUUGCAAUAACAUUUAAAGGAGCUUCUAUUAACAGCAUGGCUCACCAACCACUUGAAGAACUACAUAACUUCGAUAUGUCGGUAUUACCAGACAAGACAGUUCAUCAAAUUGUAAUUUUCACAAACAGACUGACUGGUCCUCCAAUUGGCGUCAGUGUUUACGGAUUAUUUGUAAUAGACUACUCGACAGUUUUAAUGGUAUUCGGGACAAUUAUAACAUAUGCAGUGAUCGCAAUACAGUUCACUUCAACUGGUUCCCCAAUCGACAGCUGUUCAUACAAUAAUACAAAUGUGACAUUUACAACAUAGAACAAACAGGAGCUGCCGUAACAAGACAUUAGCACAUUAAGCAUCUAUAUACGCAUAAGCUGUUUAAACAUAAUGGCUGAAAUCCAAACACAAGUUUAUGUUUGUAUUUCUAAAAAACUUCGGCGAACAGAAUUUUUGAUUUGUGACCAAUAUUAAAGAAACAAAUUAUAAAAAAAGAUACUAUUUAUCCUUACCUGCAUGUUUUCAACAAGAAACUUUUCGACGCAAUGUUUUCUGUAGGAUAAAAUUGAAUCUAUUACUUCAUUAAUUUGCUGCAUCCAAAGACCUUUUUGGGGUUUAUCUUCGUCUUGAAAGUUCAAACUCAUCCAUUUGUAAUAUAAAUAUUUUUCUAGAUACAUUUUGUGUAUGACCAAAUGGACCAUAGAAUAAAUAGAAAGAAAAAAGUAAAGGCUAACAUUUCCUUAAGGAGUUGGAACCUUAGUUUUUACGAUAUAAGAAAAAAGGAAGAUAUGGUAUAAUUGUCAAUGAGACAACUGAACACCAGAGACCAAGUGAC